UAAAAUAAUCCAAUAACAAGAUGGAUUCAUCAGAUUUUAUUAUGCCCUCUGCUGAGGAGCAAAAAGAAGUAAUGGGAAGACAACCAGAGCUUUCCCAACAAUCAUUAGAUGGUUUUGACCCAAACACCCUGACUCCUUUAUCAGAGGAUGUUAUUUCAAGACAAGCAACUGUAAAUAUCGGAACUAUUGGGCAUGUCGCACAUGGUAAAUCUACAGUCGUAAAGGCAGUGACAGGCAUCAAUCCGGUAAAGACUUCAAAGGAAAAGAAGAGAAAUAUUACUAUUAAGCUGGGAUAUGCUAAUGCAAAGAUUUUUAAGUGCCCAACCUGCCCACCUCCGCAAUGAUUUAUCCCAGCCAUGUUCAAUACUGAAGAUGCAAUGAGAUGUAAAGUUGAGGGAUGCGAAUCUAUCUGUAAGUUAGUCAGACAUAUCUCAUUUGUGGAUUGUCCAGGACACGAUUUGCUCAUGGCUACUAUGAUCACAGGUGCCUCGGUCAUGGACUGAGCUUUACUGCUCAUUGCAGCAAAUGAAACCUGUCCUCAGCCUCAAACAAGUGAGCAUUUGGCCUCAAUUGAAAUCAUGAAGUUGGAUCAUAUCAUUAUUCUGCAAAACAAAAUUGAUAUUAUUAUGAAGGAUGGUACUGCGAGCCAGCAAUAUGAUCAGAUUAAGGACUUUGUGCAAGGAACUAAGGCUGAGAAAUCUCCAAUUAUUCCCAUCAGUGCCCAGCUUGGAUAUAAUAUUGAUGUCUUGUGUGACUACAUUUGCAGAAUUCCAAUUCCUAUCCGUGACUUCACUUGCCCUCCUAAAAUGUCAAUUGUCAGAAGUUUCGAUAUCAAUAAGCCAGGAUGAAGCCCAAGCGAUCUCCAAGGAGGAGUCGUAGGAGGAAGUCUCCUUUCAGGUGUACUCAGAGUUGGAGAGAAGGUUGAAAUCAGACCAGGAAUGUCAGGAAAAGAUAAAAACACAGGAAAGAGGAAAUGCACCUCAAUAAUGUCAAGAAUUGUCAGCCUCAAGGCUGAGCAGAAUGACCUCUUGUAUGCUGUGCCAGGAGGACUCGUAGCUGUAGGCCUUAAAUGUGACCCUUCUCUUACUAGAGAUGACCAUCUGAAUGGACAAUUUUUGGGCCACCCAAAUAAGCUUCCAGAAGUUGUUGAAGAAGUAGUAAUCAAAUUCUAUUUACUCAGAAGACUUCUCGGAGUUGUCUCUGAUAAUACUAAGAAAGAAAAGGUAUCUUCUCUCAAGAAAGAGGAAAUCCUAUUGAUCAACAUUAGUGCUAACUCUGUUGGAGGAAAAGUUAUUGAGAAGAAGAAAUCUAUGGCUAAAAUUCAAUUUUUAAUGCCUGCAUGUGCAUCUGUUGGUGAUAAGAUCACCCUUUCAAGAAAAAUUGUCAAGAACUGGAGACUUAUUGGAUGGGGAGAAAUUGAUAAGGUUACAAAGGUUCAGCAAUAAAUUAU